UUAGCUGAACCCUACUGUCUAUAACAGUCUUCAACUGAAUGUGGUGAUCAUAGACCGCUUCGUGUUCCAGCUUGCAACUCACUUUCUUCAAUGCUGUCGAACUGCUUUAUUUUUCUCGCCCUAUCCUUCAUCUCGCCGUCUUCCGAGACUCUCGUUGGGGGGUACACAGAAUUUCAUCUUCCAAAUGCAGACGAGAUCCAAACCUUUAAGACGCUACUGAACCUUCAAAUUCCAACAUUUUUGGGACUCACAGCCAGCGACGUGGAUGACGCAGAGAUUUUAGGAAUUUCUUCACAAGUGGUCAGCGGGAUAAAUUAUCGAAUCAAUUGGGUCACUCAACCCCGCACUGACGAUGUUACCUCGAUUGGUGAUGAAACGUUUCCAGUUCAACUGCAGAUCUCGGUGAACAGAUCAGCAACCAAUCAAUGCACCCGAGCUACCUAUAUUCCGCGACAUUGCUGGAUAGCCAUGUAG